UUUGUGCAAAAUGGAACUUUUUGAUGUUCACCAGCCUCUGGUUUUUGUAUUUGGCCUUCUAGGUAACAUUAUUUCCACCGGGGUCUACUUUGCUCCAUUGCCAACAUUUAUUGAAAUAUGCAAGAAGAAAUCUACAAUGGGGUUCCAGUCAUUGCCGUACGUGGUGUCACUGUUUAGCGCAUUGCUUUGGUUGUUCUACGCCUUCAUCAAAGGAGAUGACACGUUCCUACUCAAAUCCAUUAACACCCUUGGUACCGUCAUUGAGUCCGUUUACAUCAUGAUUUUCCUCUUCUACGCUACCCCCGAUACCAGGAAGCAAACAUUUAAAAGUCUGGCUGCCGUCAUGGUUCUAUGCCUCUGUAUUUCUCUUGGGACGUUGUUGCCAUUGAGAGGACAUACAAGGGUGCUAGUCGUUGGGUGGAUUUGUGUGGGGAUAUCUGUGUGUGUAUUUGCAGCACCUCUCACUAUUGUGUUUCAAGUUGUGAGAACAAAAAGUGUUGAGUUCAUGCCAUUGUCCUUAUCAUGUUUCCUGACUCUAAGUGCGGUUAUGUGGUUCGCUUAUGGGAUGUCCAUCAAGGAUAUAUGCGUUACGGUGCCAAACAUACUAGGAUUUCUAUUGGGAGUGCUUCAAAUGGGACUAUAUGGAUAUUAUAGAAACGCAAGCAUCUCUCCCGAUAAUGAGAAAAACACAAAUAAUAAUAAUAAUAAUACUAAUAAUGCCAAACCCAAGCUGCAGGAACACAUUAUAAACCUCACUACCAUUUUAUCAAACUCGGAAGUGUAUCCAGUGGAUUCCUCAUCAUCAGGGCGUAGCAGCGAUGAUGAAAAGGAAAUUAGCACAGGUGAUCGGGUGGCCAAUGUGCGUGGAUUAUAA